AUGAAGAAAGGGACCCACUCAGAUCUUCAAUUUAAUUUGAUUUAUCUUAUCAAACUCCCGCAUAACAACAAAAAUUCCCCUCACCACCAACCCACGAACCCCAAUCACCCAAAGAAAGAAACUACAAAAGAUGUCCCGAGAAGCCCUCACCUUCCCCCCUCCAACCGCACAUUCUUAGAGCCUCAUCUCCCCCCUAACAAUGACACCGAACCCUCCAAACCCACCCUCCCCUUCACAACCCUCACAUUCGCGACCUCCCUAGACAGCUCUCUAGCCCUGGCCCCAGGAACCCGGACCACGCUCUCCGGCCCACAAUCCAAAGCUAUGACGCACUAUCUGCGCUCCCGACACGACGCCAUUCUAAUCGGCGUCGGGACAGCGGUCGCCGAUAACCCGGGGUUAAACUGUCGGAUCGAGGGUGUUGGGGGUUACGGCGGGGAGGGAUUGCUCGGUCAACCGAGACCGAUUAUCAUUGAUCCCCGUGCGCGAUGGGAUUUCACUGAAAAGUCGAAGAUUCUGGAACUGGUGAAGGAGGGCAAAGGGCGCGCCCCGUUUAUUGUCACUUCUGCUGGGACGGUUCCGAGUGCUGAGAAGAGGGUGUUGCUGGAGAGCUAUGGGGGGAAGUUCAUUCCUCUUGAGCUUUUUGUUGAUGAGCAUGGGGAGAGGGGGCUGGAUUGGACUGCCGUGCUGGAGUGCCUGAGGGGUGAAGGGUUGAGGAGUGUCAUGAUUGAGGGCGGUGGGACGGUUAUUAAUUCGCUGCUGGAACCGCGGUGGGCGCAGCUCGUUGAUUCGGUUAUUGUUACGAUUGCACCCACCUGGCUGGGGCAGGGGGGUGUUGUGGUCUCACCGAGACGUAGGGUUGAGGAGGGUCAGGUGGUGCCGGCGGCCAGGUUGAAGGAUGUUAGGUGGUAUCCUUUUGGGGAGGAUGUGGUGCUUUGUGGGAGAGUUUAG